CGUAGAUGUAUCUAUUUAAAUCGGAUCGGUGAUCUAGCUGCUCCUCCUUGGUUUUUGCAAACCGCAGACCGGUAUCUCAGGUCGCACGCCGACGUGGCAGGCACCCUGGGACCGGCGCAUCGCAGUUACAUACAAAUAUGGACUAUGACCGCUUUUGGAGCGCGGAGGCACGCCGUUUCAAGACUGCGUCCUUAGCUGGCCUUAUCCACCGCUUUUCCGGUCUGAACGAUGUCGUACGGUUGGCGGGCGGGUUGCCCCCCGCUGAGGCCUUCCCGCUAUCCUCCCUGACCGCCCUGACACAUGGCGGGAUGGAGGUCAGGCUGGGGGAGCAACAGGAGCUGAUCCACCAAGCCCAGCAGUACAACUUCAACCCGCAGGGCCACACCCCGCUGCUGACCUGGCUGCGGGGCCUCACGGCGCAGCUGCACCCCGGGGUGGCGGUGGAGGGGGUGGUGGCAGUGGAGGAGGAGGGGGCAGUGCAGGGAGCAGCACUCCCCGCACCCACCUCCCUCCCGCAGCCUCCAGCUGGAGGACACCCCCCAGCCAGCAGCACCUCCCCACCUGCUGCCCCUCCUGCCCCUCCCCUUGCUUCCUCUCCUCCCCCCCCUCCUCCUCCCCCUGCUCCUGCCCCCCGCUGCGACCUGGUUCUCACCUGCGGCGCCAUCCACGCCAUCAAUGCGGUCAUCAGCUGCCUCACCGACCCGGGGGACACUCUGGUGCUGGACGAGUACACAUACACACACGCUCUGGAGUGUGUCUUCCUGCCCCGCGGCCUGCGUCUGCUGCCCGUGCGCUCAGACGCCGGCGGGCUGGACCCCUCCCACCUGCAGCAGCAGCUGGCGGCGGCGGAGCGGGCGGCGGCGGCGGGUCGGUGCCGGCGGCCGCGGCUGCUGUACUGCAUCCCCACGGGACAUAACCCCACGGGAGUGACCAUGAGCGAGGAGAGGAAGCGGCGCAUAUUGGAGGUGUGCUCCGCUGCGGACCUGUUGGUGUUGGAGGACGACGCCUACUGGUGGCUCAGCUACCCAACUGCUGGGGGGGCCGCGGAGGGAGCGGGGGCAGCAGAGGGGGCAGCGGAGGGAGAGGAGCUGCAAGGGCCAGCAGCGGGAGCGGGUGGUCUGGCAGCCCUGCCCCGCAGCAUGCUGUCACUGGACCGGGAGGGGCGGGUGAUACGCAUUGACACCUUUUCAAAACUGCUGGGUCCCGGCUACCGACUGGGUUGGCUGACCGCCCCGCAGCCGCUGGUGUCCAAGCUGGCCAACUGGGUGAUGGGGAGCACCGUGGGGCCAUGCAGCGUAACACAGGUGCUGCUGACUCAGCUGCUGCAGCAGUGGGGUCGCAGCGGCUUCGAUGCCUACCUGCGACAACUGCAGGCGCUGUACGCCUCCCGCGCCGCCGCCGCCGAGCAGGCUGCCCGGCGGCACCUGUCCGGCCUGGCGGAGUGGUGCCCGGUGCAGGCGGGCAUGUUCAUGUGGAUCAAACUAAGGGAUGUUCCCGACGUGGGCGCCAUCCUGGACCAGUUGGUGGCGGCCCGGGUUGCUGUGCUGCCGGGGGGCGUGUUCGCAGCCGGGGGCAGGGGGGCGGACGCGGAGGUGGGCGAUGU